CGUGCGGCCACAGUGCAGAGUGGGCGUUUAAUCCGUCUUCUUCCCCAUCUCAUACAUGACUUCACGAUUAACGUUACACAAGUUGUGAAAUUUCCAGUCGCUGCCGGCCGACGAAGAUGACGGAAAGCUCUGCGAACAAGCUGCUAAACGGAGACGCCUGUCACCGGACCUCUAAUGGUAGAAAACCGAGCAAAAAUGGCUUCGUGAAGAACCACUGCCUGUUUCAACAGCCACAGAAGUAUCGCCGCCCCAGGGAGAAGAACCAAAAUGUCACAUACAACUCCAGCCUGUACAAGAAGCCCUUUGUGGAAUCGUUUGAGGAGACUCCUCUACUGGUGGCCGUGCUCACCUACAUGGGCUACGGCAUCCUCACCAUCUUUGGCUACCUCCGAGACUUCCUCCGCCACUGGAACAUCGAGAAGUGUCACGUGGCCCGGGAGAGAGACGAACAAAAGGAUUUUGUCCCACUCUAUCAGGACUUUGAGAACUUUUACACCAGGAACUUAUACAUGAGGAUCCGAGACAACUGGAACCGACCCAUCUGUAGUGUCCCUGGUGCCAAGAUGGACCUGGUGGAGAGAGUUUCCCAUGACUACAAUUGGACUUUUGAUCACACAGGUAAAGUGGUGAAAGAUGUCAUCAACAUGGGCUCAUACAACUACCUCGGCUUUGCUGAGAAAACUGGGGCAUGUGCCGAUGCUGCUAUUGAAGCCACACAAAAGUACGGAGUUGGAGUGGGAAGCACUCGCUGUGAAAUGGGGAACCUGGACAUCCAUGAGGAGAUGGAGCAGUUGGUUGCCAGGUUCCUGGGAGUUGAGUCAUCCAUGACUUUUGGCAUGGGCUUUGCAACCAACUCCAUGAACAUUCCUGCUCUCACUGGGAAGGGUUGUCUUAUCUUGAGUGAUGAGCUGAAUCAUGCAUCGCUGGUACUGGGAGCUCGUCUGUCGGGCUCCACAAUUCGGGUCUUCAAACACAACAACAUGCAAAGCCUGGAGAAGCUGCUGAGAGAUGCUAUUGUACACGGCCAGCCGAGAACGCACCGACCGUGGAAAAAAAUCCUCAUUGUGGUGGAGGGCAUAUACAGUAUGGAGGGGUCCAUAGUACGUCUGCCAGAGGUCAUUGCUCUGAAGAAACGCUACAAGGCUUAUCUGUACCUGGAUGAGGCCCACAGUAUCGGGGCCCUGGGACCUAAUGGUAGGGGAGUGGUAGACUACUUUGGCCUGGAUCCCAAAGACGUAGACAUCAUGAUGGGAACAUUCACCAAGAGCUUCGGUGCUGCCGGGGGAUACAUUGGAGGCAAAAAGGAGCUGAUCGACUAUCUGCGGUGCCACUCUCACAGCGCCCUGUAUGCUACCUCCAUGUCCCCUCCUGUGGCCCAGCAGAUAAUCACUUCUAUGAAGAUCAUCAUGGGAGAGGAUGGGACCACACUGGGUGCUGAUCGCCUCAGGCAGCUAUCAGAGAACACCACCUACUUCCGCAGGAAACUCCGAGAAAUGGGCUUCAUCAUCUACGGCAACGAUGAUUCACCUGUGGUGCCAAUGAUGCUUUACAUGCCUGCCAAAAUUGGGGCAUUUGGACGGGAGAUGCUGAAGAGGAACAUCGGCACAGUGGUAGUCGGCUUCCCAGCGACACCCAUCAUCGAGUCAAGGGCACGUUUCUGUGUUUCAGCUGCUCACACCAGAGAGAUGCUCAACACAGCAUUGGAGGCCAUCAGUGAAGUGGGUGACCUGCUGCAGCUGAAGUACUCUAGACUUGAACAGCCCCUUCCCUCUCUGGUGUGGAUGUCUGAGGAGAGCUUGCUGCAGGACUGAGCCACAUCAUCCCCUCCUCCCAGAUCACCUUCCCUCCCUUACUUUACCUUUUCUUGUCUGAUAUCCCUUAUUUUCCGCUGAGCCAAUUUCUCCACCCCACGUCUUCAUAUCUCUUCGCAUCAGACUCCCGAGGACUCACUAAAACCAAAGUCUUCACCCUGGUCCACUCAGUUUUAAAACCUGCACACUAGCAUCGCUCAUUAGCCUGCGUGCAGUUUGUGACCUGUCCAGCUUCUUCACCCCUAACAGGGAAGGACCAAAAUUACCCACAUCUUUUCUGUGUCUGUGCGUUCACAGCCUUUCAGUUUAUCCUAGUUUAUUGUGACUACAUCGGUCUAACGUCAAGUCUUAUCCCUGUGUGCACAUUAAAUGUGUAUCUUAUUUGUGCAAUAAUAACAACAACGUGCAGUGUCUUUGUCAAACGGCCUAGAGCAAAGUAGACUGAUUUUUGUCAUGAGUUCAUACUUGUGCACUUGGAGAAAAAGAAAUCUGAUCAUAGCAGUUGCUAUGAUGCACUCAAAAGGAAAAAAUUAUAUAUGUAAAUAUUAUUUAUCCCGAAGUUGGUAAAACUGCCUUAGGGUAGCAACCCAAACCUCAAAGAGAGAUACAUUAUUUCACAGGAGUAACAUAAGCAUGUGUUCUCCAUAUGUAUUUAUCUGAUGGCUUUUUUCCUAAUCACUUUUACUUGAAUAGAGAGUAUAGAAUAUUGGGUUCUUUCCCUCACCAAAGGAUAUAUAUAUGUAUAGAUAUAUUUUCUACCUUUUCUCUUAAAAUGCAAAGCAGAUGUUCCAAACGAAAAAAUUUAACGGGGGAAAAGAAUCCCAGGGAGCAAGACUAAGGAAUAUUUUUUACUGCUUAUUUUCUAGAAAUAUUUUUCAGCCUUAUUUACUGUUUACACCUGCACUCAAAAACUUGAGCCCAGUGUCUUUAACAUUUCUAUAAGCUAAUGAGCUACAUAUGUGAUUUUUUUUUUUGUUUUGUUUUGUUUUUUGGGUUCAGUCAUUCUCACUCAAGUGCUUUCAUGUGUUUCAGCGUCGACACCCAUCUCUGAGCAUGAUGACACGCUGUAACUAGGAUCUGUAUGUAUGACGAUGCUGUGCCCACGUUUAUCUGAUGUACAGACGGCUUUAUUUAUUUGUCAUUUUUCAGCUAUCUUAUGUUUGUCAAAAAUCUUAAUUAUUACCUGAAAGGCAGCUCCAAAUGUGUCCCAGUGGAAGGUAUGUGUUAACUGACUACUUACACGUCUUAACUUCAGUGCAGCACUACUGACAGGCAUUUUAAAUGCACAGAUGACGUAGCCACUGAAACUUUCAAGAUUUGUUUAGAUAUGCUUCAAAUGUAAUUUUUUUUUCCUCAUAAUUUAUCAUCUGUGAUCAUCUUCUGGAAUUACAUUCCAUAUCAACCGGCUUUUAUUGUUCAGUGUUUGUUUUAUUUUAAUGUUUUGUCUCAUUUUUUUUUUUCUGUAUGAGAUCACCCCAAACAUGGCAUACAUGCCACUGUCAAACAUUGUGUUCAUGUGUGUGUUUAUGUUCUGUCACUUUAUUGAUGUGAAUUGGAGGGUAUGUCAGUGAAGCCAGUCUCAAAGCUGGCAAUUGUCUGGCAAUGUGACCAUUCCUACACAUGUUCACCAAAGUGAUUCAAUUCAACACAAGUUUAGAGAUGCUUCUGUUGAUGUUUAUGGCAUUUUAGCACAGGUUGCCAAGGUUUUUGGUGUCUUUUUAACUGUACAUCCUUUAGACAUAGUCGCAUUUUUGUGUGAGUCAUUCCAAUAUUGUGUGUUUUUUUUUUUUUCUUUCACAGAAAAUGGCUUGAAUAACAACUCAGUGAUGCAUUUGCUUUUAAUAAAUAUAAUAUAAAAGGUGGAACACAUGACUAUGAUCUGGAAUUGCACUCCUCAGAAAUGUGCCCUGACAUAAAGAAUUUCUUCUUGUCAGAGUUUCCUCUUGAGCUGUCUGCAGCACCAUGCAGUAUGUUAAGUCUCUGCAUUUCUGUCUAUGGAGGCAAAAAUGUAAUUGCAAACAGCAACGUGAUGGUUUCUCUCAGCCAGGUUUCCCUCACUGAAAUUGAGGAAUUAAAGUCUAGAGAGAUUAUUGAAACGUAAACUUGCUUGCAGCUCUUUGAUGUAAUGUGACAUUUUCCAGCCUACCUACCACAAAUACCUGCGAACUGAACUGCAGUGAACAUUGUAAACUUACUUAUCAGUUGCUUUUGCCCUUGGAGUUGUAUUUGGGGUUGAAGAUAAACCACUUAGAGGAGUUUGUAAAGCCAUGAUGUUUGUUGACCAUGCUGGUGGAAACAGCGCUGCAAAGAUUAAAUCACUUUCUUAGUAUCAA